CACAGUAUAAGUGGUAAUGAAGACGCAAAGUGACCACCACCACCGUUGUUUUCUUCAGUUUAAGUUAUCACUUUCCCCAACAACGCCUAGAACUACUACAAUACCUUCACCAAAAAAAUAAAAAAGAACUACUACAAUACAUAACAAUACUACAAUACAAUACAAUACAACAACUCUACUACGUUACAACUCCAUCAUAUCUAUCUCACUCUCUCUGUAUCUCAUCUUUUCUCCCACAAACAAAACAAAACCAAACCGAAAGAGAAAAAAAGAGUCACUUUCCCUUCUUUUUUUUUUUCUUUUUUUCCCCAGUUUCCACCUUCUCCAUUUUCCAACACCGUUCUAUCAUGGCACACCACUCCUCACAACGUCGGAAUCUAGCAGCUCCAGAAUCUAACCCUACAACCCCAAACUCAAACCCAGAUCUCAUUCAAACCUAUAAACCCUCUUUCUUGGUAAAACACUUGACAAACCUUAACCUGAGUCAAACACACAAAACCCGUCCACCCCACAAACACUCUCCUCUUAUUGACACCCAUUUGCAGGCAAAAGCCAUGGCAACCUCUGCCAUACAAGAGAAAGAGAGUACCGUGCCUGUGAAGAGAACCCACAAAGAGAAGCCCCAAAGGCACUGUUUGGAAUUGGAAAGGAGGAAACUUGGUGAUCCUAAUGACAAGGGUAUGGUGGAGGAUGCUAAGGUUGUAAAAGGAAAACCUAGGAAUCCUCAUUUGGAGAAACAUGAUGUUGUUGUUGCUGCUGCUGAGAGAAUGUCCGUGUCUUUGGCUCCGGGUGGGGGUGGGGGUAGAAGGAGAUCCUUCUGUGGGACACAGGCUGAUUUAAGAGAUGUCUUUGCAAUCAAUGGUGCGAAAAUGGUUUCGGUUGAUAUGCCACCCUUUAUGCAGAUCCAUGCUGUGGAUUGUGCUAGAAAGGCCAUAGAUAGCAUGGAGAAGUUCACAUCCAAGACCCUUGCACUCUCCCUCAAGAAGGAAUUUGAUGGGGUGUAUGGGCCGGCAUGGCACUGUAUUGUGGGGACUAGUUUUGGGUCUUUUGUGACCCAUUCUGUUGGAGGAUUUCUAUAUUUCUCCAUGGAUAAAAAAUUAUACAUCCUCUUAUUUAAGACCGCUGUACAUAAAGCAGCUUGAAGCAGGGUGAAUUCUUUAUUGCUCAGAACAUAAGAUUUUUGGGAUACAUUUUUAUCUUAGAAAGAAAAAAAAAAAAGGGCUUAGAGUGGCAGCAUUCCUCUGCACAUUACCUCUGCUUCAAAAAGGGAUCACCCACUUUGUUUCGGUUUAAUUCUACUACCUAAGUGGGUCUGAAGAUGCUAAUGCGGUGUAACAAAUGGAGUUAAUUGAAGAAACCAACUUUACAAGCAACGUGCACCGAUUGUUGUUGUUUGUGUAUCUACAUAUGUACCUAUCUUUUUGACUGAAAUCGAAUUUGAUUGUACAAUUAUUUAGAAUUUUAAUUUAUAAAGUAUUUCAUACUUUCCAAUUGUAUCUGAAGUAUGCGGACAUUUCAUAUUUUUAACAACAAAUUUCUGGCUAACCAUUAUGAUUAAAAAGUUUUGUUUA